AUGGAAUCCCGAUUGUCCAUAAUUGACCUCCUAAUGGCAAUGUUUCCGUCUCCGGGCGAGCUGGAAAUCCCUGAGUUCACAACGCAGUGUGUCGAGAGACUCCGCGACUGGUGCGAGAAUCCAAACUCCAAACCUCCUAGAAUCCCUUCAAGUAUCUCUCUCACCGUCUGUCUACCAAUCGCAGACGGAGACAGCACAAUACAAGUGAACAUUUCCGUACCAUUACAAUGUGAUAACCCCGAGACACUUGACGAAUCACUGUCAUUGGGCUAUUCGCUUCGGCAACCAGAGUGGAUGUCUAGAGCCGAAGUUGCUGGGCUUACCGCCUCAAUACCUCAAGGCGAUGAUGCUCUGGAGGCAUUCGAAUAUAUCCAGGCAGAAGCCAGCCGCUUUUAUGAAAGCACGCAAUCUCAGACUGUAGCCCCAGAAGAUACAGACAGAGGGCCAACCGUCCGAGUCUGGUUUUAUUUCCCGUCUCUAUCAACCCGCAAAAAGAGGGAUGAUAUGGUCAAUCUCGCACCGGGAUAUGCUCUGACGGGGUUUGUGCUAGCAGGAAAGCCAGGUGUAUUGUGUCUUGAGGGUGCAUCGCCUGAUAUUGAUUCAUACAUGAGUUUCAUAAAGACACAUUCCUGGGGUGAUAUUCCCAGUCAUCAGAAAAAAGUCAGCGAGAGGUUUCGAGAGACAGAGGGCGUCGAGAGGGUGUUUCCGGGGAUGGAGGAAAUUACGGAUUCGCUGGGAGAGCGGGGUGGUCAGCGGGCUAAUCGAGGUGAUAUGCAAGCGCUAGAGGCGUGGUUAGGGAGUAGAGGACUACAAGAGGCAUUUGAAAAAGUUAUAUUCUAG